AUGACGGAUGAGAUCUCAAGUGCUGUUUCACGGAUCAUUAUUGGUGAAAGUGAUCAUAAGUCUCAAAUUGACCAUGACUCUGAUUUGAUUGGAAAUAUUCUCAAGAAACAAUUUGAUUAUGCGUUUUCUCGCUGUACUGUGAUUGUGAAUCAAGAAAGUGUAUCAAUGGUUGUGUCACGACAGUUCGUUACUGAUUUAGUAGAAGUGAUGAAUUCACUUCAGCUGACUGCAAUAAAGGCUAUUGCUAAUGGACUACUUUCUUCGAUUCAGUCACGCCUAAUUUCUUAUGAAGAACAAGUUGCUCAAAUAAGAUUCAAGCUUGCCGAUAUUUAUGAAAGUGAGGGCGACGCAAAAGAAGCGGCUAAGAUGCUUAUGGCUGUACCACUGGAAACGGGUCAAAGUGCUGAAGUCAAGAUGCGCACAUAUCUGAGGAUUGCUCAGUUAGCUUUAAGUUAUGGAGAUGCAGCUGAAGCUGAGGCGUAUAUUAACCGGGCAUCAAUGUUGCAGACUGAUGCAAAAAGCGACGAAUUGAAUGCACUGUACGCUAGAGUUUUGGAUCACCGUCAUAAGUUCAUUGAAGCUGCUCAAAGGCAUUAUGAGUUGUCACUGAUGCCUGCUCUUUUAACGUCAGAGAAGAUGAACGCAUUGACAAAUGCAAUCACAUGCGCCAUUUUGGCAUCUCCUGGGGCUCAGAGAUCUCGGAUGUUAACUAACUUGUAUAAAGAUGAAAGGUGCGAAAGGUUGCCAUCGUACAGCAUUUUAAAGAAGAUGCAUUUAGAAAGGAUAAUAAAACAAGAAGAGAUUGUGGAAUUUGAGAAGACUUUACCUGAUCAUGAACGCACAACAACUGAUGGAUGGACAAUUCUUGAAAAAGCUGUAUUAGAGCACAAUCUUAUUGCAAUCGGAAAUGUUUUCGUGAACAUCAGUUUUGAACAACUUGCACAACUUUUGAAUAUCGAAGCUGAAAGAAUGGCGUGGAAUAUGAUUGCUGAGAAGCGUAUUAACGCAACAAUUGAUCAGUUAAAAGGAUACAUCCAUUUCACUCGUUACGGUUGGGACGAACAAAUAGGUGAUCUUUGCCAGCAUGUAAACUGCAUUGUUGACAUGAUACUUCAGGAGCAAAAGGCUUGGGCUACUUCACACCUUGAAGGACUUACUACAUCGACCUGA